AUGACAUAUACAGAUCAAUAUGUGCCAGAGCUGGGAAGUCAGGAAUAUAAUUCCCAGAUGAGCAAGUGGAAUGAGGAUAAAAGAUCGCAACAAUAUGCUGCGAUUACUAUAACUACAGUUGCAGCAACUAUCGCGGUCAUGGUGAGACUUUAUGCUCAGCGAAUGUACAAGAAAAGAUGGGGACUCGAUGAUCUUUUUGUCACCAUUGCCUUGAAUUACUGGGUCAUCACCAUCCUCUGGGCUCCCGGUGUCACCUCCAUCAAGCUCUCCAUUCUCGUUUUAUAUCAGCGUCUAUUUCUUGCGCCACAACGCUGGGUCAAGAUCGCAAUAUGGACCAACGCGUUGUACGCGGUUAUGCUAGGAAUCGCGUCAACAGUUUUAUUCAUCUUCCAAUGUUCGCCUGUGGACUAUUACUGGAAAUGGUACAUCGUUUAUUAUGGCGAAUCAUUACCAGCUGGAAAGUGCCUUCCUCACACUCAUCAAUACCUCGGCAUUCCCCAAAUUUUGAGCACAGCAUCAGACCUGGCAAUUUUCUUUCUACCCGUGCCAAUAAUUUGGAAAUCAAGUACUCAGAGAAUGCGCAAGGUUGCUAUAUCCACUGUAUUCUUACUCGGUGCUUUCACUAUCGGCUGCGGUAUUACAAGAAUCGUGAUGAUCUUCCGAGAUACUGAUACCAAAGACGUGACAUGGGCAAAUGUCGAUUUCGUCACCUUCACCGUCAUCGAGGCAGCAAUCGGUAUAGUCUGCGCCUGUCUACCACCGUGCGCACCGCUGUACUUCCGUCUUCUGCAGAGACGGGGCUUCAUUUCUGGCAUAUCCGACGAAUCAGAGUUAAGAGAAAAGUAUUACGGCAGUUCAAACACAAAAGGAAACAAGAGUGCGCCUUUUUUGAAAAUUCCUAUCUCGACUACAAGAGCCAGUGCGGGUCCCAGAGACUCUUUUCAGAAUUUGGUCAUCACCGAAACUAAUGCUCAUGUUUGGUCACCAGCCAGUGAAAAUAACAGAGGCAGUUUCUAUUUGAAGGAAACGCCGGAAGGUGGAAUUCUGGUUCAAAAUAGGAUAGAGCUAUCAUCGGACCAGUCGUUACCUGAGAACUCUAAAGAAUGA